AACGUCCUCUCCCUCUCUCACUCCUCUCAAGGAAAAAAAUCAAGAAGUCUCUCCAUCUUCUUCUUCUAGGGUUUUGAUUCUAGGGUUCAAUCAAGUUCUUGGAGCAAGAUUCAGUCUCAAAUCCAUCUCUCACCCAAGUGUUUGAAGCUCUCUCAAUCCAUGGUUUAAACCUAAAAGAUGAUUUGGUGAUCAAGCGAAGGAUACAAGGGAUACAAGUUGAUGUUUAGUUGAAGUGCAAAGGAAGCAUGAGUGAAGCCACUUCCGCAACUCCAACGAUGGAGAGGGUGUUAGAAGGGUUGAUGGAAGUGAUAAAGAAUAACAACAGUCAUCACCCAGAAGUUCCUCAUACGAGAUCCCACAUUGAACAGUUUCAAAAGCUCAAACCACCAACGUUUGAUGGCAAAGAAGACCCAUUGGUUGCACAAUCAUGGACUCUUGAAAUGGAGAAAAUUUUCGAAGUGAUGGAAUGCUCAGAAGAAGAAAAGGUGAAGCUGGCCACAUUUAUGUUUACUGAUGAGGCCUAUAGGUGGUGGUUGACUAUCAAAGAGAGUGAACCAAAUAUGAAGUGGGACCGUUUCAAGGAAGUCUUUAAUACAAUGUACUUUCCUCCUUCAGUGAAAGAGCAAAUGAUUGCUGAGUUCUUAAAUUUGCAACAAGGCAACAUGACAGUGACUGAAUAUGCUGCAAAGUUUACUCGAUUGUCUCGUUUUGCCACUUAUGUUGUUGAUACGGAAGACAGGAAGGCAAGAAAAUUUGAAGGAGGGUUGAAAGAUGAUUUCAAAACUAAAGUCAAAUUGUUGAAGUUACCUACCUAUGCCGAGGUUCUUGAUAGGGCUUUGAUAUUGGAGAGUGAUGAAAAAGAGCUUGCAAAGAGAAGAGAUCAUAAGAGAGCCGGAAGUAAUGAGAGCAAUCAAUUUCACUAUCGCAAUCAAUUUUCACAAUCGAAAUGAAGGCUCUAGUAAUUUCAAGAAGCAAAACACAAAGGGUUCAAGUGUGGGUUCUUACAUGCCGCGAGGUGGAAAUGGACAACCAUGCUCCAUAUGUGGGAAAAACCAUUCGGGACAACCAUGUCGUCUACUUUCGGGGGAAUGUUUCAAAUGUGGUCAAAAGGGUCACCACAUUCGAGAUUGUCCAAUGAACAAGAUUGGAAAUGCACCUAGACAAAAUGUUUCUACAUUGGGUUCUUCAAAGGGCAAGGAGAGUAUUGGAAGGAAUGAUCAAAUGAGACAAGGAAGGGUGUUUGCUUUGG